CCCUGGUCCCCUGAACCUACUGAUGUGAAGCAAUAAACUUUCAUCGUCAAGAAUGGCUGAUAAGAUUGUGAAAGCGAAAAAGAGGAGGUCGAAACAGCGCCUUUUAGAUGAGACUGAAGAAGAAGAGCAAGAUGGAGUUUCCAACCCCAGCCUGGACACUGACACAGAAGCGGCUUAUCAGGCUUUCUCUCAGUCCCAGACCGAAGGUGAAACGUCCACGGCGGAGAUGAUUGAGGAAAAUGAGCAGGCUGAAGUGCUGAAGGGAGAACUCAAGUCGAGACAUCGCAGACGAAGGCGUGAGUUGUCUAAGCUGGUGUCCCCGAAAGACGAUGUGACUGGGGAACUGAAAACAGUGAAACUUGACAGCAAGAAAAAAGUGGAAGAGACGGAGCAUGAAGACGAACUGGCCGAGGCCAUGGCUGCUGCACUGCUGAAGCCCCAGUGGUUAGGGAGGAGGAGGGCAUUGUGGAGUCGCCGCCAGGAGAAGAGAGAGAGAUGGAAGAAAAAGUGGAAGAUGAAGUGGCUGCCUCACCUCCAGCACCGUUGUCUCCUCCGAAGACGCCAGAACCCUCAAAGGAGGAAGAGGAGCCCCCGACAGCACUGGAGCGUACUGUGAGCAAAGAAGAAGAUGUUGAAGAGGAAAGGCCUCCUACAGACAGACGGAGAUCUACUAUCAGGGAAAGAAUGAAAAGUCGAUUGGCCAAAGCAAAAGAAGAGGCGGAGACAGAAAUUGAGAAACAAGAGCGAGAUGAGAGGAAGAGGACUCUGAAGGGCAAGAAGGAGACAAGAUUUGAGGACAUGCAUGAAAGAGAGAUGGAUGAAGAGGAAGUCAGAAAGCUAGAAGAGAGGACGGAAAGAAUGCGAAAAAUGAGACUUGAAAGAGCAAAGCAACAAGAAGCUAUGGCGUUCAUGCCCAGUGCAGAUGAAGCAUUUGACUUCUUCACUCGAGUCUUUGAACCUGAGCCAGAGGAACAGAAGGAAGCAGAAAAGAAAGAAGAAGAAAAAGAAGAAGAAGAACCCAAACCUGGUCCUAGCCAGGAAGGCGAGGAAGGAGAGGAAGCAGAGACUGAAGAGGAAAGAGCUGCAAAAGAAGAAGACAAAGGAGAGCUUGCCAAACUUCUGGAUGACGCUGACUACACUGAGGAAGGUUAUGGCCCUACAGCGGUGCGCAAAGCCUAUAUGAUGGAGCCAGCGAUCAUCGAGAAGGCUGAGCAGGAAAUGUUAUUCCAUCCCUCAAGUGCCAAACAACCAGCGUCUGCGGUUGUGGGGGAGGAGCUCGAGCCGAGAUUCCUGGAAGACGAAGGAUUUUAUGUGGGCGAGAAACCAUACGUGGCUGACAGGAACAAGAACAGGAUGGAGAGCAGACUCCUCAAGGAAGCAGAGCACUUGAAACAGCCUUCCAAGUGGUUUGGUGAAGAUGGACAGAUGACCAUCUUACCCAACCCGUUGAGAGAGACACCCACCCGACCACCAUUGCCUGAUGAUGAAGUGCCUUAUCUGGAGACGGUUUUCUACAAGGCUAUCAUGAGGGAGUUUGACAGCCGCUACAUUGACGGUGCUAUAGAUGGGGGCGGCUUCUACCAGCUGGACGUAGACAUCAACUCGGUGUCCUUCAGCCACCACCACCUGUUCAGCAAAGAGCACGUGCUGUCCCACAAGCUGACUCUGCUGUACCAGGAAUACCUCAGCCGCAGCAAACGGAAUAUGACUGAGUUCCUUCUGGAGAAGCUGGCAGCUUUGAAGAACUCUGCAGCCCUCCUCCAUGACUACAUAGCCGCACACAAGGGUGAGAUGUCGGUGGCAGACCGUGACAAUUAUGAAAGAAGGCUACGGGAUUACAAGUGUGAAAUCAGACAAACGCGUUUCUUGAGAGAUAAGGAAGAACAGAUAGACCGCACUUUGUUGAAGAGCAUGAUUCACACAUGGAAAGAAGUCAAGGCCUUACGGGAGCUACAGAAAUACACCAACACACCUGUCAAGCUACAGAUCAGGAAGGAGGAAACAAACAAAUCAGAAGACUUAGCUAGAUGGAAGCUUGAAAUGGAGGAAGAACUGAUGGAGGAGAGAGAGAAACAUGAGGAGGAAUUCAUGAGGAAAGAGGCCAUGUACAAAGACCAAAUGGAGAAAUAUGAGAAGCAGCAGCAGGGGAAGGAAGAGGCCCAGAAAAGAAUAGCAGAGAGAAGUCAGCAGCGUCGAGGGUCAAAGACAUCAAAACAAUCCCGGAUGUCCAGAAACUCCCAAGAGUCUUUGAGGAGUGACCAGCCACGAGAGGAGGAUAAUGAAGAUGAAGCCAUCGAGGAAGAAAACGCCAAAGACCAAGACAUCAUUGACGAAGAACCUCUGCCAAAGCCCGAGCCUCCAGAGGCAUUCGAUGAGAGAGCAGUAAGAGAACAGAUCAAGGCGAAAGCUAUGGCUGCCAAGCGACGCCCAGGUGAGGCUAAACUGUUUCCAGAGAUGUCCAACACGGCAACAGUUACACCAUCCAGUCAGUGCUCAAGAGGAGAGCAGCAGAGAAGAGACGAUGUCUCAAAGAGCAAAGUCUAUGUCAAGAUUCUCUUCAAUGGGAAGGAAGUGUCUCGCACUGGAUCAAGUCCUUUGUCUCAAGACUUCAGAGUCAACUUUGGUCAGAUUUACAAUCUGAAAAUUGUUGAAUGGCCAGAGAGUAUCAAGUUUGAAAUCUAUGAGACAGCAGGCUUUGGAAGUGGCAGGCAGUUGGCUGAGCUAUUUGCACCUAUCCCAGAGUCUUCGGUGACAUCACAGAGCGUCGCGCUUGAAAAUGUGGAGUUCAGUUCCUAUGAGAAGAUUCAAUUCAGUCAUGAAGGGGUGGGCAGCGGUGUUGCAUUCAAAUUUGAAGGUCAUGUCCCUGACCUCGUGACCCUGAUGACCUCUGGUGUGCUCAACUCAAGCGUUGCCUGGGCCGUGGGAGAUGACGGUUUACCUCUGGUACCCACAGAGAAGUUCGGGGUUGGCUUUCAGGCGGCCAUGCACAUGAAACGGUUGGAUCCUUUCGCUGCCAUCGGAGCCAGCGGGGUUGCCAACCUGGAAAAGCUGCUUCAGUGGUUCAAAGAGUCCAAACUUGAUCCAAACGACCCCAACAACAAAGACAUUGUCUACAUGCUGAGUGGCAACGACCAGAGUCUGCUGCAGCCGAGGGAGUACUUCCGCCUGGAGCCCAUGCAACAAGAGUUUGACUUGGCCACACUGGAGGAGAUAGAGAACAACCAGCGGUUCCGCAUGAUCGCCCUGCGCGACGAGGAGCAUCCCAUAUUCAAGGGAUACCAGAUGAUCCCGCCGCUCGAGAAAGAGCUGCCUCGCGAUAUUUUCAAGGAGUAUGACAAAAAACGCAGAGAGGACACUCAGUUGCCGCCCAGCAAGGGUGAUCUGGACCAACACCGCGCACAAGUCAACCAGUAUCUGCAAAAGAUUAAAGACCGGGUGAUGGCGCAGUACCGGUUUGCUUCACACCAGAAAUCAUUACAGGACAUGGUGAAUGAGGACACUGUUCCUAACAUCACAAUGUUGGCAAACAGUUUGUUACGUCUGUCAGAACCAAGACGUCCCUUACGGCCUAUCCGGAAAGAGAGAAAGAAAGUCACUGCCCAAGCCCUGGAUGGCAAGGAUGUCAAGAUCCUUAUCAAUAUCAUGAGGGCCACCUACAUUCCUGUUCGCAAGUCAAUUCCUGGUGGAGGAAGAGAUGCUGACAAAGGGGCAGGAGAUUCAUACAGUGAGUCGGUCUGUCCUUAUGUGGAAGUCAUGUUCCAGCGGUCUCGAACUCGUACAAGGCGAGCAGAAGGUGUCAACCCGAGCUUUAACGAGGAGUUGGAGUUGACUCUCAAGGUGCCUAACGAUGACUACUCCCCGUCGGCUCUGCAAGCUAUUGAUGAUGUCAUUUACCUCAACGUGUUUGACGAGGUCACCGUGGAUGUUUUGGAGGACAACAGAGAGAGAGACUCAAAUGUUCAUCAAAGAAUCGACAAGAAAUGGUUGGGUAGCAUCAAUAUUCCAUUCUCUACUGUUUACUUUAACAGUAAGAUUGAUGGCACAUUCCGGUUGAACACGCCGCCUGUCUUGUUGGGCUACACGCACGACACGUCUCAAGGUCAAACAAACAUCUCUGAGGUGGAGGCGAACAUCACACGGGGUCAUGGCAGCACAUUCAUCUCCAUGUUCAUCACUAUCGAACCCUCGCUUAUCCUGCCUGAGCCUUUCAAGGAGAAGCUUGCCACAAACGAAGAAGAAGACCUGAUUAUGCAUGCAGAAGCUUGGCAGUUGGCACUGGAGAGGAGAUUCCCAGAGCGCUCUUACCGCACCACUGUGAUGGACACCUCAGGAAAGAAUGUGUUCAUCUCCAGGUAUUUCAAGGCCAUCAAGCCCCCGCCAGAAGUGGAAGCUGUCACCGAGCCUGCCAAAGCCAUGGAGCUUGCUGCUCGCUAUGUGGCUAUGAUUCCUUUUGUGGCAGACACAAAUCUUUUUCCAGGCCAAUGUGAUAUUUGGAGUACUUGCAAUCAAUUCAUGAAAAUGCUGUGCGGAGACGAGGAAGAGCAUGCUGUACUGUUGACAAACUUCUUCCUGGGGAUGGGCAAAAAUGCUUACCUUGUCCUAGGUAAUGCAAUUCCUGAGGGUCAGACAGCCUAUGUGCUGACAGAUGAUGGUGGUCAGUACUCUCUGUGGAAUCCGAGGUCUGGGGAGCGGUUUAGUGUCUUCGACAACUACUGCCCAGUUCAGAGCAUUGGCUCUGUCAUCAACCAGGAGAAUAUCUACGCCAACAUCCAGCAGUAUGAAAAACCAGCCCAAAUGGAUUUCAACCUGAGCAAUGCAAGCAAAUGGCAAACUUUCUACAACAAAUCUUUUCCCAGCAGAGGAUUAGCCUCCAUUCAGCCCAGUGAGCUUCACUAUCGACGCAAGGACAAAAAAUUCAACAGCCUUGUGAUGGAGCUACAGGAGAGGAUAGAACAACUGCUCAAGAACAAGAUCAUGGAGUGGAGGAGUCGCUACAUCACACGCUGGAACAGACAUUGCACCCAGAUCAUGAGGAAACUUCUGCCCAUACUGGAGGAGAACUGUGGAAAACCGAUUGAUGAAUCUCAUCUGAAAGAUCUGGAGGACUCUUUCAAAUCCUACAAGGUGUCGGGCUUCCCUCUGAACAUUCCCUACACAGACAUGGACAGCAUCACAGAAUCUGUCUUUGCCACGGGCGUCCAUGCUCAGGAGACGAGUGAGGUGGAGUUUGCCCUAGCAGUCUACGUCCAUGGAUACUCCAACAAUGUCAUGUCCAUCUGGCUCUAUGUAGCGUCGCUUAUCCGGAUGAGAUAGUUUUCCCAGAACUUUGUCACUGCCUUACUGUUACUACCAGAACUUUUGUUUUGUCUGCAUAUUUUCUGUCAAUUAGCUUUCACUUUUUACAGUGUAGAUAGCACAAGGUCCUAACAGCAAACUAUGUAGAUAAGCGCUAAAGAAGUAGGAGGGCAGCUCUGAACUGAAAAUAUUUGUACAGUUCAUGAUGAAUAUUAUUUAAAUUGUUCAAACGUCCUUCAAGUUAAUCUAGAGACCAAUUCUUGUGUGGUAAUGGCAAAUUCUCUAUAUUGACUUCUACUCUAAUGCCAUAAAAAUGUAUUGUUGUUUCAUUAAGAGUGCUAAACUGUUUUUUUACCAGUGAUCACAAUGAAAGUCGACAUUACCUUUUUGAAUUUAAAGAAGUCUGAGAAUUAACUUGUUCGCUGCCACACCCAAAAUAAUUUGGGAAAAGUCAAUAGACUGGGUACAGCUGUUACCGAAACACUUUGGUUUCAAGUUUACUUUUUUUAUCUACUAUUACCUUAUGUGUUUCAGGGCUGGUCUUUAUGGGUUUGUAACUGCUGUCCUUUAUGAGUAUGAGUUGAUUGAGUAGUGUUUGAGUUGCAUGCCUUGAUAACUAAAUAAAAUCUCAAAUUAACUCAAAUUAUUUUUACCUGACGACCCGAAACACAAGGUCCAGAGUUUAGUAGAGGUAGUGGAAGGCUGUUUGGAUUAGUGACACUGAACAUGAUUUUUUAAACGUUUAAAAAAAUUUAUUUUGAUAAUUUGCAAAACAUUAUUAAAAAAUAACCAUAGGUAUCUUAACAAUUUUAUUUGCAUUGUGCAGUAUGUUUUAUUGCCUUUUUGCAAGCUAAGUUUCUUUGUUGAGUGGUAAAUAGAAAGGUAGCAAUGAUUUAUUUAUUUUUAGAUUGGUGCCAAAACACCUGGCAUUCUUUGAAUGUUGAGCCAUAAAGUGCCAGACAGUGAGUGAGUUAAUGUAAUGCUUAGUGUUGUAUGGGAAUGGUUUGUGUAUCCCUCUACGUGUGUAUGGUACUGUUGAGGCAGUGGUAAAACCAUAAAUGGUCAACAGUGAUCAAAUACCUUAAAUUGUAUUACUGUAUACUGUUAGACACUAUAUUUGUAGACCCAUGGUCUAAUUCCAGCUGUGAUAAUAUUUUUAGUUACCUCCGUCCAUAAUUAUUGUCAGUAGAGUUCUCUUGUACGAUUGUAUUUAUAAUUCAUAUAAUGCAGUAACAGAAAAUACAAGACAUGUAUACAUCGAAAAAAAA